AUGCACUUUGGUUCAAAUAAUAACGAAUAUUCAUAUUUUAUGAACAAUAACAGUACAUUAAUGGAAAUUGAAAAGUCAAAACUAGAAAAAGACAUUGGUGUUUAUAUAUCAAGUGAUUUAAAAUGGGCCAAACAAGUAAAAUAUGCAGCUAGUAAAGCAAAUAGUAUGCUCUCACUACUAAAUAAUACAUUCAAGUACAAGGAUAAAGAUUUCAUAAAAACACUGUAUUGUACAUAUGUUAGACCAAAUUUAGAGUUUUCAAUUCAAGCAUGGAGUCCGUAUUAUACAAAAGAUAUUAAUGAACUAGAAAAAAUCCAACGAAGAGCUUCCAAAAUGAUACCGGAGCUAAGACAACUUGAGUACAAAAAAAGAUUUGAAAUUUCGGGUUUGACUACUUUGGAGACUAGAAGGCUAAAGUGCGACUUGAUCCAGCUUGAACCCCCAAAAGUCGCCCUGCAUAGAGUUUAA